AUGCGUUGUUGUUGUCUUCCAACUUUUCACCAGCUAAGCUCUGUUCUUCCUCUUCCUGUUCUCUCCAAAACAAGAAAUACUCUUGCAGAAAAAAAAAAUUUGAUUCACAAGAGUGGAUGAUAGAGUUUCCAAAUUCGAGAAACAAACAGAAAAAUUUCCAUUCUAGUUAGGUCCCCCACUAAAAGUUUCUAUUUGUAGCUUCCUCUAGCCAAGACAACCAAGAGUACCGAAGACAUAGAUCCAAACCGAACAAAACAGAGUACUCUGCUUUAUAAAUUUCAUACUUUCUGUCAAAAAUGUAUUCCUUUAUUACUUUUCCUGUCACGAAAGAGAAGUAUUCUACAGAAAGAUAGAGAGAGAGAAGAAGAAGUCAGAGACAACUAGCUUAAGAGAAAUCUAGGGCUUUCGUCAAAAAUUACUCUUUUUUGUUUUUGUUCAAAAGGCGAAACAGAGAGAGAUAUAUGAGCAAAGAGCAGUAAUGGCUUCCUUAAGUGCCACGUUACUUGUUCUUUUCUCAAUCUUCCUUUCAACUCCACCAACUGUUCGAGGUAACGCCGAGCUCAAAGCUCUCAUGGAUCUCAAAACGUCGCUUGACCCCGAAAACAAGCUUCUCCGAUCAUGGACGAUUAACGGCGAUCCAUGCGACGGAUCUUUCGAAGGAAUCGCCUGUAACCAGCACCUGAAAGUCGCCAACAUAUCGCUACAAGGGAAACGUCUCACCGGAAAACUAUCUCCGGCAGUUGCUCAGCUCAAAUGCUUGUCAGGUCUUUACUUACAUUACAAUAGCCUCUCCGGAGAGAUACCUCAAGAGAUCACGAACCUCACUGAAUUAUCAGAUCUUUAUCUCAAUGUUAAUAACUUCUCCGGCGAGAUUCCGGCAGAGAUCAGCUCCAUGGUUGGCUUGCAAGUUAUGGAUCUUUGCUGCAACAGCUUAACAGGGAAGAUACCUGAGACCAUUGGAUCCUUGAAGAAGCUAAAUGUGUUGUCUCUGCAACACAACAAACUAACCGGAGAGAUUCCUUGGAGUUUGGGAGACUUGAGUAUGUUAAGUAGGCUUGAUUUGAGCUUCAACAAUCUCUUAGGAACGAUUCCCAAAACCCUAGCCAACAUUCCUAAGCUAGACACUCUUGACUUGCGGAACAAUACUCUCUCUGGCUUUGUUCCUACUGGUCUCAAGAAGUUGAAUGAGAGAUUCCAGUUUGAGAACAACACAGGGCUAUGCGGCAUCGAUUUUCCUUCUUUGAGAGCUUGUUCUGCUUUCGACGAUGCCAAUAUCCAACAGCUAAAGCAGCCUCCAGGGGAAACAGAUACCGAUAAAUCAACUCUUCACAACAACAUUUCGGAGUCUGUAUAUCUCCAAAGUCAUUGCAACCAAACACACUGCAAGAAAUCUUCAUCUAGACUCCCACAAGUUGCUUUGAUUUCAAGCGUGAUCACCGUCACUAUAACCUUGUUUGGUGCCAGUUUAUUGACCUUCUUCCGCUACAGAAGAAGGAAGCAGAAGAUCAGUAACACGGCAGAGUUUUCCGAGGGAAGACUCAGCACAGAUCAGCAAAAAGAUUUCAGGGCAUCGCCUCUCGUGAGUCUUGCAUACACCAAAGAGUGGGAUCCUCUCGGAGACAGCAGAAACGGAGCUGAGUUCUCUUCACAAGAGCCUCAUCUCUUUGUUGUUAAUAGCAGUUUCAGGUUUAACUUAGAAGAGGUUGAAUCUGCCACACAGUGCUUCUCAGAAGCUAACUUACUGAGCAGGAACAGUUUCACCUCGGUGUUCAAAGGUAUCCUCAGAGAUGGCUCACCUGUAGCUAUCAGAAGCAUCAACAUAAGCAGCUGCAAGAACGAGGAAGUCGAGUUCAUGAACGGUUUGAAGCUUUUAUCAUCGCUGUCUCACGAGAACUUAGUGAAGCUGCGCGGUUUCUGCUGUUCUAGAGGCAGAGGAGAGUGUUUCCUCAUCUAUGACUUUGCUUCAAAAGGAAAGCUCUCGAAUUUUCUUGAUUUACAAGAACAAGAAACCAGUAAGGUUCUUGAUUGGUCUGCAAGAGUUUCCAUCAUCAAAGGGAUUGCAAAAGGUAUUGCUUACUUACAUGGAAAUGAUCAACAGAAGAAAUCUACAAUUGUUCAUCGAAACAUCUCUGUAGAGAAAAUCCUACUCGACGAGCAAUUCAACCCGUUGAUCGCUGAUUCGGGUCUUCACAACCUUCUAGCAGACGAUAUGGUCUUCUCAGCGCUCAAAACAAGUGCGGCGAUGGGAUAUUUGGCUCCAGAGUACGUCACGACCGGAAGAUUCACUGAGAAGACAGACGUUUUUGCAUUUGGAGUCAUCAUUCUACAGAUACUCUCUGGCAAGCUCAUGCUUACAAGCUCAGUGAGAAUUGCAGCUGAAAAUGGAGAACAUUGUGGUUUCAUCGAUGAGUAUCUUCAUGAUGAGUUUGAUAAACGGGAGGCUAUCGCAAUGGCGAGGAUUGGGAUAAGCUGUACACAGGAGAUUCCAAACGAUAGGCCUAAUAUUGAGACACUACUUCUGGAGAUAAGCUGCUGUAUGAAGAGUGAAUAAGACUACAUCAACAUAUGUUGGAAAUAAUCUAUUGUUUUUUUUUUUUAUGUAUCCAUGAGUAGAGUUUUUUUUUAUAUUAUUAUUCUAGUUCUCGUUUAUUUAGUAAAGAAAUAGUAUUAUCAUUAGUCGGCGGUUUUGGUCGCAGUCAUGGUCAUAGCCUC